CUUCCUCUAUUAAAUACUUAGCCUCCCCUGUUGCCACCCCACGUCAAAAUAGUAAAACCAAAAUAUUAUGUAUACGUGUACCUCCCAAUUUUUAAUUUGGCUUCAUUCGUUCCCCCAAAUAAAUAGAUCUUUGCAUUUCAUUUUUUAAGCUGCCCCCACCCCCUUUCCCAGUAUCAAACUCUUUCCUCCACCACUGGGUGCAGAGUUGAGAGCUGAGGUGGAGAUCAUCGAGCAGAUGAGCAGUAGCAGUAGUGGGAGUGGCUCCUCUGAGUCCGGCAGCUCCUCGGGGAGCGGAGACGACAGCUCCAGCAGCGAGGAGGAGCAGGAGACGCGACACACGCACCCAUCUCCCAACCGCAACCCCGUCGCCAACGGCACCACCAGGCCGCAAGGCAGUAACCAGCUGAUGAGCACGCUCAGAAAUGACCUCCAGCUGAGCGAAUCAGGAAGCGACAGCGAUGAUGACUGAGUGACCCCCGGCCAGCCCGAAUGGUAGCCCGCAGCCCCCAGACCGGCAGCCCAGCUUUCCCAGAUUUUAAAUAUGCCAAACGCUGCUUUUGAGCUGUUUUAUAGUGUAUUUUCUUAGCUGGUCAUUUUGUUUUAUAUAUCUGAGUUUAAAUCCUUCUACAAUGGAGUAUGUGGGGGAUAUAUAUUGGAAAAUAUAAUCAAAAUUAUUUUAUUUAGUAUGACAUAUUGUAUCAGCUUCUCUUAUUUUUGCUACCAUUAUUGCUACUGUUUCUAAUAUUGUUAUAUUUUAAUUAAUAUUGUUUAUUAGAAGAAAUCUGAUUGCGUCAUCAUGCAGUUCUAAUGAAACCAGUUAGUCCUUAUCCCCUUUCCCUUAUUUUCAGUCUAAUUUUUCUUUUUUAUUUUUGUCUGACUUACUGUUCAGCCUGGUGAUAUACGUAUUUUAAAAGUCACAUCUACAUUUUUUCGUUGCAUUUUACCCGAAAUGCUACCCUACCUAGAAAGUGUUUGGGACAUAAAAGUUCUAGAUACUUCAUUUGGGCUCUGCCACUGGUCCGCUGUGCCGGCUCAUCCUCUGUUGCCACGGAAACUCUUGCGCACACCCACACACACACACACAAACACUCUAUCCCUCAAAUAAUCUAACGUAUCAAUUUUGCUGGUCAAACACUAGCAUCAAACAAUCGGACCAAGUUAGUAAAGUCAAGUGCUUGAGUUGAACUGUUUUAACUAACAUUUAAAUUACAUUUCAUGUAACUUGAGUAUAAUCUGACAAACUGCCACUGUGACUUCCCCGAAGCGUGUAUCUAUUCUGUCGUUUGUAUAUCAGCAUAACACUGUUACCACUAUAUUUGCUCUGUAUAACAGAAGCAGUAUAUUUAUUUGACGAGGUAUUGGAGUCAUCCGACUGACGAGUUAUAUGGCGUUUUAGUGUGUGAUGAAUACCACAGUCCUGUCCUCCCAACAUACAUAUCUACACAAAUGAUCUAAAUAUGUUAUUGCAGUAAAGGGCAUUUUAAGUGUUACAUCUACUUCCUUCCCCCAUAAUUUACAGUGUAGCAUAUCUGAACCCUAUAACUCCUAUACCGCAAAACCUACGUCACCCUAUGUACUGGAGUGUGUUGCUUCCUCAAAGGUUUAUUUUGGAUGUUUUUGUGUUUCCCGCGUUUGGAAUGUAUUAAAGCUACGAUAAGUCCA